AUGUUACAGCAAUUUUAAGAGUUGGAAAAGCUGGGUUCAGGUUCAUUCAGCGAAGUUUGGAAGGUAAUGAGGAGAGCUGACCAUUAAAUUUAUGCAAUGAAGAAAAUAAAGAUGGGAACCCUUAAUGAGAAAGAAAAAUAGAACGCCCUUAAUGAAAUUCGGUUACUAGCUUCCCUGAAUUAAGAAUUCAUUAUAGGGUAUAAGGAGGCACUUUACAACGAAGACACAUAAACUUUGGGAAUUAUUAUGGAAUAUGCAGAGGGAGGAGAUGUUGCAAAAUAAAUCACAAAUAAAUAGAACAAAACACAAAAGUUCCAAGAAUAUGAAAUUUGGUAAGCCCUGAUUUAGAUAACACAGGGUUUGAAAGAAUUACAUGAAAAAUUGAUAUUUCACAGAGAUGUCAAAUCAGCUAACAUUUUUAUCUCAAAUGGGGUUUAUAAAUUAGGAGAUUUAAACGUUUCAAAAAUUGCCUAAAGAGGUCUAUUAUACACUUAAACAGGCACUCCAUACUAUGCGUCGCCAGAAAUUUGGAGAGAUGAACCAUAUGACAAUAAAUCGGAUAUCUGGUCAUUAGGGUGUGUUUUAUAUGAAAUGUGCAAUUUGCAUCCUCCAUUUCAAGCUUUGGAUAUGGAAGGCCUAUAUAAAAAGAUUUAGAAAGGAAUCUGCCCUGCCAUAAACGGGUAUAGUAAUUAAUUAGUUUCACUGAUUGGUUAGAUGUUGAGGCUUAAUGCAUCAGCUAGACCUAGUUGUGAUUAAAUUUUAAAUAGUAAUUUAAUGCAUUCUGAUUUUAGUAGAUUGUACAUCAAAACACCCUCUAUAGCUAUUAAUAAAAGAAUGAUGAAAACAAUUUAACUUCCCAAAAAUCUUAGUACACUCAACGAUAUUCUACCAACAAAAAAGUACUACAAUGAAAAUAAAGAAAAUGAUAAUGAAUCAGUUAGAUAUAGUAUUUAAUCUUCUAAGCUAAUGCCAAUAAAUAGAAAAUCUGUAAAUAAUUCGUGUAUUGAAUAUGAAAAAAGAUUCUACAGAAUUUCUUCUGUUCAUGAGGAAAUAUUGCCAACCCUACCUUCUGAAUACAAAUAACCAAAAGUGUUAUCGAGACGUAGGCCAAGUAGUUAAUAUAAAGAAGAGGAAAUAAAUUUAGAAAGAAGAGCAGAAGCCAUUGUCUCAAGAAAAUAGUUACAAAAAUAAUUAUCGGAAUAACAUCCUUUGCCCAAACCUAUUUUAAAGAAAUAAAUGAGCAAUCUUCCUCAUUUAUACCGGAAUGUAAACGAUUCUGAAAGAUAAGAAAAUAAUAAAUCAAAAUAUCAUCAAUCUCCAAAUAAUUACGCCCGUAGGAAUAUUAGAAAAUAAAUUACUUCAUAAUAAUGA